AUGGAAAUGGAACAAACAGAUCCUGGCUUGGCCAUGCUUCUUCUCCUAGAACCAUUUCCUGUUGAACCACCAGACUACGAGUUGACACUUCCAAGGGUUAACAGACCCACAUACACUGAUUUUAAGCCGUACAAUGAAAAGCUACCCUCUUAUUCCCCUACUGUUUACAAACUUGGAGUAUUGUAUCGAAAAAUGGAAUGGACUUCUCCAUUUGAAAUGGCGCAACAAAGAACAUGGAAACCAUACAUCUUUGAGUUGAAUAAUACACAACUGAAUAUUUAUAGAUAUCCCGCAGAAGCUGAUGAUUCUAUACUCACGAAAUUUGAUCCACCAUCAUCAUUCUCAAGCAAUAACUCUUACUCCUUAUUACAUCCCUACCAUUAUCACCACUUAAUGCUGAAAAAACUACAACAUCAAGUGGCGCCUACGGCACUAGCAUCUAAUGAUGAUGAUGUGAUAUAUUCUUAUAAUGAAGAUAAUUUUCGAUCAAUAAUGACAACAAAGACUGACUUGAAGGCUUUGAAAUACUUCAAAUCGAUUAAUGCUCUGGAAUCUACAAAUAUUGUGCGCUCUUAUUCACUUCAAUAUGGUAAGAUCGGCUUAUCAAUUGAUUAUAAGAAAAAACCGCAUGUUUUCCGCUGCAGAUUUGAAAGUGAACAAUUUUUGAUCGACUUCCCCAAUGCAGAAGGAAUGGUGGAAUGGUAUAAUGCAAUCAAUUUAGGAAUUGAUAAUUCUCUUGAUUUGAAUCGUCGUGAAAUGCCAACGCACAGGACUGUUCCCAGACGGAGACGUAGAAAAGUUCAACAAAUGAAUCACCCACAUUUUUCAUCAGCUAGAAAUAUCGCGUUAGGUUUGGGGUUUGCAACACCUGGUAUGUUAUCGGAUUCUAAUUCCUCAAGUGGAAAAUCUUCAACUUCUUCAAGUGGUAAAUCCAAAAAAGAACUAAAAGGCUUAUUCAAAGGUAAAUCGAUUGAUAGUAUUUUCAAACUUGGCAAAUGGCAAAAGUUUGAUUCAAAAUCAAGACCUGCUUCUUCAAACAGUAAUAAUAACCAGCUGAUUACUAGUCAUAGGAAUAUGAAUAAAAUAGGUUCUGAUCACAGCCAUGAAUCUUCACCAAGUGCACAUGUAAACACCGGUUCUUUUAAGGCAUUUCCUUCAUCAGGUAGAUCAAAUGCUUCUGGGUCCCCUGAAAGAUAUAACAGAGAAGGUUUGCCUAUUGAUGAUGAUGGCUUUGAAAUUGUAGAAGAAUAUGAUGAUGAAUUCAUUGAUGAUGAUGAGGAUGAAUUUGUUGUCGACGAUGGCACUAAUGGACGGUCUAAUACGCAGGACGACUUAGAUAGUUCAAUUGAAGAUACCGAUCAGGAGGAUAAUGAAGAACUGAUCGAUGAAAAUUUUGAUGGAAAUAUUGGGUUUCUUAUCAAUAAAUUUCAAGAGGGGAAGCCAUCCCUUUCUGCUCUUGAUACACCUUCAUUUUCAUUGAAUUCAAUCAGCAGCUGUACUGCUUCAGGCAUAACUUCUAUGAAUACAGGUUCAUCGAAACAACUUUGCAAAUUAAGAACAUAUCGUGAAUAUAUUGCCAAACCGUCGCCAUUAUCUGUCAGGGCCCAAACUUAUCCGGCACAACGUAAGAUAAUAAGAGACUCGAUACGCUGUAUGGUUCCCUUAACUGAAAAUGAGAGAUGGAUUGGUAAAUUUCUAUUAUUAGAUUAUGAUUGGAAAUAUAAACCUCAGUCGAAGGAAGAUGUUGAUCAUCACUUCCAAUCAAUUGAAGUCCUAACUCAUGUUUCUGAUGUUGGUUCCAAGUACAAACAUAAAUUCCGUAGGCCAUUACAAGAAUGGAUUGUGACUCCGAGUGGAUUACUUCCUUACAUUAAUCCAUCGGCAUUCCACUAA